AUGGGGAAGCAGAAGUGGUCAGUUUUCGGCCCUUUGAAGAGGGCUGUCAAGAAAAUAAACUUUCUACUCAACUUCAACUUCAGAAAGUGGCGAUUGGCCUCAAUUCUUAGUAGUGCUUCUUCUUCUUCUUCUUCGUCUGGAAGGAUGAGAAGGUUAAGCUUUAAUGAUCGACUUGGCUUACAAGGGGCAAUUGAAGAUGCUGAAUCAGAUAAUCAGAACAAGCCAGUUCGAACAUUUGAAAGGGUUAGAAGCUAUGGUUCGUCAGAUGAAGAUAUUGAUAAGAGAGCAGAGAUUUUUAUUAAUAAUUUUCGACAGCAACUGUUGAUGGAAAGACAGGUUUCUUUGAGGUUAAGGUAUUACAGAGGGAAUAGUUUUGGAAGGGACUACUGA